UUCACAAAGAUGGCGGCAGCAGGCCGUUAAAUGGGCGAGGCGGCGCGGGGCGGAGACGGUCUCGUGACGGGGGAAGAUGGCUGCUUUUCCGUGGCAUUCAAGGCAGAGAAACUACAAAACUGAAUUUGAAUCAUGUAGUUUAGAGGCUAUACCCUUGGACUUUGGAGAUUAUCAUCCACUGAAACCUAUAACUGUCACAGAAUCAAAAACCAAGAAAAUGGGGAGGAAAGGAAGUACUUCUUCUACUUCUUCUUCUUCCUCAAGCUCAAUGGUGGACCCCUUGAGCAGUGUUCUUGAUGGUACUGAUCCACUCUCCAUGUUUGCAGCAACAUCAGAUCCAAUGACUGCCACAUCUAAUAUGGAUAGCUCAAGAAAGAAACGAGAUAGAGAUGAUAAUUCCACCAUAGGAACUGAUUUUGAACCUUGGUCAAGCAAACGUGGUGAUAUCCUUGCCAGAUACACAACAACAGAAAAACUUUCUAUUAAUCUGUUUAUGGGAUCUGAGAAAGGCAAGGCUGCAGCCUCCACGUCUGCAGUGUCCGAGAAAGUCAGGACGAGGCUGGAGGAACUCGAUGAUCUGGAGGAGGGAUCUCAAAGAGAGCUACUGAAUUUGACUCAACAGGAUUACAUGAACAGAAUUGAAGAGCUCAAUCAAUCACUAAAGGAUGCCUGGGCCUCGGACCAGAAAGUGAAAGCACUAAAAAUUGUUAUCCAGUGUUCUAAACUUCUUUCUGACACGUCAGUAAUCCAGUUCUACCCAAGCAAAUUUGUCCUCAUCACUGAUAUACUUGAUACUUUUGGAAAAUUAGUGUACGAGCGAAUCUUUUCCAUGUGUGUGGACAACCGCAGUGUCUUAUCAGAUCACUUUUCUCCAGAGAAUGUAAAUGACACAGCCAAAGAAACUUGCUUAAAUUGGUUUUUCAAGAUUGCUUCAAUCAGGGAACUUAUUCCUAGAUUCUAUGUGGAAGCAGCCAUCCUGAACUGCAACAAGUUUUUGUCCAAAAUAGGAAUUUCAGAAUGUCUCCCACGACUGACAUGUAUGAUUAGAGGAAUUGGCGACCCUUUGGUUUCAGUAUAUGCUCGAGCAUAUCUGUGCAGGGUUGGGAUGGAAGUGGCUCCACAUCUUAAAGAAAGUCUAAAUAAGAACUUUUUUGAUUUCCUCCUUACAUUUAAGCAGAUUCAUGGGGAUACAGUUCAGAAUCAGUUGGUGGUGCAAGGGGUGGAGAUUCCAUUGUAUCUUACUUUGUACUCUCCUGCUAUUGACUGGAUUUUGCAGUGCAUUGCUUAUCAUGCUCCUGAGGUUCUGCUUACUGAGAUGAUGGAAAGGUGUAAGAAACUAGGGAACAAUGCUUUGCUGUUGAAUUCUGUGAUGUCAGCAUUCAGAGCUGAGUUUAUUGCUACGAGGUCUAUGGAUUUUAUUGGCAUGAUUAAAGAGUGUGAUGAGUCUGGAUUCCCCAAGCACCUCCUUUUUCGCUCAUUGGGAUUAAACUUAGCCUUGGCUGAUCCCCCUGAGAGUGAUCGACUUCAGAUAUUGAAUGAAGCCUGGAAAGUUAUCACUAAAUUGAAGAAUCCACAGGACUAUAUUAAUUGUGCUGAAGUAUGGGUAGAAUAUACGUGCCGGCAUUUCACGAAACGGGAGGUCAAUACUGUUUUAGCAGACGUCAUCAAACACAUGACUCCUGAUCGGGCAUUUGAAGAUGCAUAUCCACAGCUUCAUUCAAUAAUUCAGAAAGUUAUCACCUACUUUCAUGAUUUUUCAGUUCUUUUCUCAGUGGAGAAGUUUUUGCCAUUUUUGGAUAUGUUCCAAAAAGAGAAUAUCCGAGUGGAGGUUUGCAAGUGCAUUAUGGAAGCUUUUAUUAAGCAUCAACAAGAGCCUACCAAGGAUCCCGUCAUCCUGAAUGCUUUAUUGCAUGUUUGUAAGACGAUGCAUGACUCUGUGAAUGCACUCACCCUUGAGGAUGAAAAGAGAAUGUUGUCAGUUUUAAUUAAUGGAUUUAUAAAAAUGGUUUCAUUUGGUCGUGACUUUGAGCAACAGUUGAGUUUUUAUGUGGAGACCAGGUCAAUGUUUUGCAAUCUGGAACCUGUUCUUGUCCAAUUGAUUCAUAGUGUGAACAAGUUGACGAUGGAAACAAGAAGAGUAAUGAAAGGAAAUCACUCCAGAAAGACUGCUGCAUUUGUCCGGGCCUGUGUUGCCUUUUGUUUCAUUACAAUUCCUUCCUUGACUGGUAUCUUCACACGUCUUAAUCUCUAUUUGCAUUCAGGUCAGGUCGCCUUGGCAAAUCAGUGCCUUUCCCAAGCUGAUGCUUUCUUCAGAGCUGCAGUAAGCCUUGUUCCUGAAGUUCCAAAGAUGAUUAAUGUAGAUGGAAAGAUGCGGCCAUCUGAAUCAUUCCUUUUGGAGUUCCUCUGCAAUUUAUUUUCUACUUUAUUAAUAGUUCCGGAUCAUCCAGAACAAGGAGUCCUAUUUCUUGUUCGAGGUUUACUCAAUGUGAUCCAGGACUACACUUGGGAAGACAAUAGUGACGACAAAAUUCGUAUCUACACCAGCGUUUUACAUCUCCUCUCUGCAAUGAGCCAAGAGACUUAUCUCUACCAUGUAGACAAAGUUGAUUCCAACGACAGCCUCUAUGGGGGAGACUCAAAAUUUCUGGCUGAAAACAACAAACUUUGUGAGACCGUGAUCACACAGAUUCUAGAACACCUCAAAGCCCUGGGAAAAGAUGAGACCUUGAAGCGCCAAAGUAUUCUGGCACUUUCCUUCUUUAACAGCAUCUUAGCUCAUGGUGAUCUUCGAAACAACAAACUUAAUCAACUGUCUGUCAACCUGUGGAAUCUAGCCCAGAGGCAUGGCUGUGCAGAUACCAGGACCAUGGUAAAAACUCUGGAAUAUAUCAAGAAAAGAAGUAAACAACCAGAAAUGAGUCAUUUGUCAGAACUGGCCCUCAGGCUCCCACUGCAAACCAGGACCUAACCAAUACAGCCUUUUUCCUGAGCCCUGAGCCCAGGAUUCUGUAGCUAAAUCAGGAAAUAGAUACUUUUCCCUAGACUUUCAUUGGAAUUUAGUCUUCUUUCAUUUUAAAAAUCCCUUAACCUACAAUAGAUUGGCUUUUAUUUUGGCAUUGGUUUUAAGUAUUCUGACAAUGAAAAGAGAAAUGUUAAAAUCAGAUUUCAUUAUAUCAUCAAUUCACAUCUGCUAGUAAAGGGCAUCUUAGUUUCUUUUUGCAAAUAACUUUUUAGAUCUCAGCAAGCAGCCUUCUAAUAAGUCUGCAGGUCCUCUAAGAAGAAAAAAUUAGUGCACGUAAAUGUAAAGAGCCUCCUAACACCUUUUCUUUUUUAAAGUUAAUCCUAAAAUCCUAUUUGGAAAGCCAGUAUGGGUUAGUCCCGAAGAUGGAGUUGGAAAGAAUUGGGUUAAAAUUAUGCUUCAGGUGCUUACUACUCAUGUGAUAGUACCAAAUUACUUAACCUCUCAGAGCCACAGUUUCUUAAUCAGUACUAUUACCAACUUCACAGGAUUUGUGAGAUUAAAAUGAGAAAAUGUAUAUAAAAGGCUUUGCAAACUUAUAUCUGUUUAAAUUGUCUGUUAUUAUUUAAAAAGUCACUCCAGUAUACUUAUACCCAUUCUCAAUUUUUUGAUUUUAUGAAAAAUUAAUUUCCAUUAAAGAGCUUUCUAGGAUUUUUUAGAAGGCUAAUAAGUAGAUUUAAAAAAUACUUCCUUUGAUUGUAAUUUUCCACCCUAAAAUCUGUGGAGAACUUUGUAGGUAGGGUUUGAGGGGAUUCUCUUUUUCCCUUGCACUAGAUAUGGCAUCUAGCAUCAGAACAACUUGUGCAGGAAAACACUCCAUCCAGCAGUUGAAUAGUCAGUUUAGAAGAGUUUAAGUCAAAGUCAAAGAAGCAAAAACACAUUUGACAGACAUAGCUACGGAGAAGCUUUAGGAGUGGAAUCUCUCAAAAUGAAAAGAGAGCCAGCUGUGGAUUCAAGAGAAAGCUAGCCUUGGCAAUAAGAAAUUGAGCUACAGGGAAAAGAUCCUGGAAGCCCAGUUGAGCAACCCAUGAAGUGCCCAGAAAGCUUUGUGAGGACUCGGUCCUAGAGUUAAGUGACUCUGGCCUUAUGUCUAAAUAUGUCCCUCUUUACCAUGGUUUGUGCCUGCCCUUCCAUGGUUGUAUUUCUGGUUAACCAUGUCCCAGGUUUAUGUAGGGGCAAGAGGACAAUAUUUUGUAGCUAUGCCAUCUCAGUAAAUGUCUUGCAAAGAGCCAUUUCUCUGUUGGUGGAUUAAGGAAAGCACAUAAGUUGGGGCUCAUGAGCUACAGUUGCAAGAAUUGGUACCCAAAAGUACCCUUAGAACCUCAAGGUAGAAACUUUAUGUGGGAGUAGUCCAGAGCCAGUGCUAUGUGCAUGUAUUCUGUUGGUUAUAAUAAAGGGAGUAGUAAAUUUAGUUCGAUAUGGAGAGGCUGGAGACUUGAGUUUAAACACAACUUUGCAAUUUAUUACCUGUGUGACUUUGGGCCUAAAUUUCUUCAUGUGUGAAAUGACUAGACUUCAUGUUCCUAAAUAUAGUGUGUUCCAAAAGUCAUAGUGCUAUUCAGGCUUAAAAUGGCACUAAGAUCCCAGGUUACCCUGUAUAAUUUAGAGGAACAACUGACAAAUUUUAUAAUUUUUCCUUACCUGCUUCAUAAAUUUUCUUGGAGAAUGAUUUUCUUUCAUUGUGACAAUGUGAGCAAAACUAAGGUCAGGUGAUUCUUGAAACCUGUGUGCCUUUGUUUCUCAAACCCUUUACCAGAUAAAUGAGUCAUUCUCUGAAACCACAGUUAAAAGUUGGCGUUAGGAGUAUAAGUGUGCUUUAAUGAUAAUCCAAAGACUGUUUUACAGGAGACUAACAUGAAAAUAAUGGAUAAACUGAGUAUAACCAGUUAUUCCAUUCUUAACCAAAGGAGUUUAGGGAUAAAGACUAGACUUUUGUCAUAUUGGUAUAAGGAGUUCCCAGAUGAUGAAACUCUCUACCAAUGCAUAUAUAGUCUCAAGAGAAUUGUUUAUAGCACUGAGAGUUUAAAUGACUUGCCCAGGGUCAGAGCUAAGGCAUAAUCUACAUAUUCCUGCCUCUGCUGCAACCUGCUGCCUCUCUUCAGAAGACAAAAUGGGAUCUGAAGGUUUUGGGAGUUCUAUGUUGUUAUUUACAUAUAAACUGUAUUUACCAAAAGUUUUUGAAAAUAAAGUUCAUCAUAAAAAUGGG